AUGAAUUAAAAUUAAAAUACAUAGAAAUAGAUAAUCCGAAUUCUUAAAAAAAUAAAGAAAUAUAACAAGAAAAAUUAAUUGAAAAUUAUAUAUAAUAAAUAAAUAAAUAACCUGAAAAAUAAUUAUAUUUAUGUAAAAAAUAAUAUUGUAAAUAAAUUUUUAUAUAUUUUUUUUAAUUUAAAAGAUAAAAAUAAUGAAAAAGAAUGGUUUAAUAUUUCUUUAGAAAGUAUGAAAAAAAAUGAAAUUAGCUAUUUUUGUGUCGAAUAUAUAAAAAUGAAUGAAAACAAUAAAAAAUAAAUUGAAUAAAGAAAACAUUAUUUGGUCCAUUUAUAAGAUUUUAAAUAAAUAUCAGAUAUUAAAACAAAUGGUAAAAUACUAAAAAAAAUACUCUAAAAAGGUUAAGGAAAAAAACGUCCUUAAAAGCAAGACGAAAUAAAAUGUAAAUAAAAAAUAAAAAAAUAUUAAAAUAAAAAUAUAUAUGUAUUUAUUUAUUAUAAAAAAAAGUUAAUUAUAAACUAAGUAAAAAAAAUGGAGAAAUAAUUGAUGAAAGGCAAAAUAAUGAAAUAAGUUUUGAGAUCAAUGAAAGAAUAAGAAAUAGCUGUUUGUGAGAUAUUUUAGUAAGCUUUUUAAGAAUACGAGACUUCUUUAAAAUAUAAAGAAUAGUUUAUAAAUAGUGAUGACUAAUCAUAUAUAUUAGAAAUAAAUUUAAAAAAAUUGAUUUAAAUCUAAGAUAUAUUCCAAGACGAAAUGGCAAUAAAGAAAAUUCAAAAAGAAGGGACAAUAAUAGGAUCCAAUAAUUAAAAACUCGAAAAAAUAUGCCGAGUUUAUUUUUCUUUAAAAAUAGAAGUUUUUACUAAAAUUAUUUACGAAAGUCCUUUUUGUGAAAAAGAACUAUCAUUAGAAAAUGACGAAAACUAGAUUUAAUUAAUAGAAAAAGAAAACUUUUGUUUAAAAUAUUAUUUAGAUGAAUACAAUAUAUCUAAACUUCUGAAAAAUGCUUUAAGAUUAAUGAAAAAACAAGAAGAAUCUAUUAUUAUAUGUAAAGAUAAUAAACUAAUUAAAUAUGGAAUAGAUUAUAAUAUAAUCAAAUAAAAUUUUAAUUAACUAGAAUUUCCUCAAGAAGUUAUUUAUCAUAUUAAGCUUUAUAAUUUUACAUAAGGACUUAAUACUUUUUCAAUGAAUAUUUAAGAAAGAAUAUUACAUGCUUAACGUAAAAAAAUCAUAGGGUUAAAAUUAAUAAAAGUAAAAAAAUAAAUAACAAUACAUAACAUAAAAAAAAAGGAAAAUAAUUAUAGAAAAGCUUUAAAAACAUUUGAGUCUAUAAAUGCAUUUUUUGAUUUAGGAAAAUAUGAAGGAUAAGAUGCUAUUGAUAUUUAUUAAGUAAAAAAAAAAAUGAAUUAAACAAAAAAAAAAAAAAAAAAAAUUAAAAGCAUAAAAUUUCAAGUUUAUUAAAUACUACACUUUGUUAUAUGA